AUGCUUGAAAGAUUAUCCGGUCAUUGCUAUUAUUGUUUUUUAAAUGGGUUUUCCGGUUAUUUCCAAAUACCAAUCGAUCCGAAUGAUCAAGAGAAAACCACCUUCACCUGCCCUAGUGGAACGUUUGCAUACCGACGAAUGCCUUUUGGGUUGUGCAAUGCGCCUGCCACUUUUCAACGAUGCAUGACGGCAAUAUUUCACGAUAUGGUGGAGAAGUAUAUGCAAGUAUUCAUGGAUGAUUUUUCCGUGUUUGGUUCUUCUUUUGAUAAUUGUCUUACUAAUCUUGACUUAAUGCUUUCUAGGUGUGAAAAGACCAAUUUAGUUUUGAAUUGGGAAAAAUGUCAUUUCAUGGUUAAAGAAGGCAUUUUUUUACGUCAUAAAGUGUCCAAGGCGGGGAUUGAGGUGGAUCGAGCGAAAAUUGACACCAUUGCUAAAAUACCACCACCAACCAAUGUGAAGGGCGAUGCAAAACCAAGGUUGAUCCGGUGGGUGUUAUUGCUUCAAGAAUUUGACAUCGAGAUCAAGGACAAGAAAGGAUUGGAAAAUGUAGCGGCUGACCAUCUCUCAAGAUUGGAGAAUCCAGAAAGGGAUGCAUCUAACCACAAGGGUAUUAGGGAUAGUUUUCCAGAAGAGUAUUUGAUGGUGAUAAUGGGAGAAGAACCAUGGUAUGCAGAUAUUGCAAACUUUUUAGCUGGGGACUUUCUUCCAAAAGGGCUAACUCAUCAGCAGAAAAAGAAACUCAUGAGUUGUGCAGAUGGAAUCAUCAGAAGAUGUGUGUUUGGAAAGGAAAUUUGCAACAUUCUAGAGCAUUGCCACAAUGGGCCUGUAGGAGGACAUCAUGGAGUUCAAUACACUGCUAAAAAGGUUUUUGAUGUAGGAUUCUAUUGGCCCACAAUAUUCAAGGAUGGUGCUACCUAUGUGAGAGAGUGUGAUGUGUGCCAGCGAUCGGGAAAUAUUUCUGCAAAGAAUGAAAUGCCUCAAAGAAGCAUCCAAGUGUAUGAAGUUUUCGAUGUGUGGGGUAUAGAUUUCAUGGGGCCAUUUCCAUCAUCAAAAGGGCACAAAUACAUAUUUGUGGCGGUGGACUAUGUAUCAAAGUGGGCCGAAGCACAAGCGCUACCAACAAAUGACGCAAGGGUGGUGGUGAAAUUUUUGAAGAAAUUAUUCUCUAGGUUUGGAGUACCAAAGGCGUUGAUAAGCGAUAGAGGGACCCAUUUUGCCAAUGAACAACUAGCAAAGGUUUUGCAAAAAUAUGGUGUACGCCAUAGAUUCUCAACACCUUAUUAUCCGCAAAUGAAUUGCCGAACUGAAAUCAUGAAUAGAGCCCUCAAAAGAAUUUUGGAAAGGUCGGUAGGCAACCAUAGAAAAGAUUGGGCAGAUAAGUUAGAUGAUGCAUUGUGGGCAUUUAGGACUGCAUUCAAGGAACCUAUUGGAACAACACCUUAUAGAUUGGUUUAUGGAAAAAAUUGUCAUCUACCAGUGGCAUUGGAGCACAAUGCCUAUUGGGAUUUGAAAGCAUGCAAUUUUGCCCCCAAUGAGUUGCGUACCAAUCGACUCUUGCAAAUGAAUCCCUUGGAGGAAUUAAGGAACGAGUCUUACACUAACUCGUUGAUUUAUAAGGAUAAGACAAUGAAAUGGCAUGAUGCGAGAUUGAAGGGAAAUAAGGAGUUUUAA